AUGGAAGGAACAACUUCUUCGAUCGUCUCCAAUCUAUUGUCUUCCUUGGAAAGGUUAUCUCAGUUUAUGCCUAUCUUUAGUUCAAUAGCUGCAUCUUCCUCUUCAUCCAUAGCACAAGAAGAUGUAAUUGAUGCUGAAGUUAAUUCGAUCAAAAAAAGAUUAAUGGAGGAUUUGAGCCGAUUGUCGAGGAUGUUGCAUAGAAUUAAGGCAGUCCUUUAUGACGCCGAGGAGAGGGAGAUCUAUGAUAAGGCUAUCCAGCUCUGGCUCAGUGAGCUUAGAGAAGUUGCUUAUGAUGCUGAAGAUAUCUUAGAUCAAUAUGAUUCUGAGGCAAAGCCUUCUCUAAAGUGGAAACAAGUGGAUGAUGAUGAUAUUUAUGGCUAUCAGGUAUCACUACCUCCCUCAAAUUCAAUUAAAAUUCCCAUUUCUUGCAACAUGGCCAUGAGGAUCAUUGAAAUCAUAAAGAAAUUUGAUGAGAUUGCACAUGAUAGAAAAGCGCUUUAUCUUAGAGGAGAAGAUGCACCUUGGAAGCCUCGUUUCAAUGAUGUUAUGAAGAGGCCAAAAAGUAGUUCUCUUGUGCUUGAAUCUGAUGUUUUUGGAAGGGAGGAGGAAAAGAGAAAGAUAAUUCAUUUGCUAAUGUCUCAUUCAAAGAAGGAGAGCAUUGUAAUUCCCAUUGUUGGCAUGGGGGGUGUGGGAAAGACGACACUUGCUCAACUUGAUGCAUUAUUAAAUAAAAAAUCUCUUCUUAUUCUUGACGAUGUUUGGAAUGAGAGAGCAGAUAUAUGGGAGGCCCUACAAGCCCCCUUUUCUAGUUUUGGAGUGGGAAAAAUUAUUAUAACAACUCGUUCUAUGUCAGUUGCUCACAUCAUGCAAACGGCAUCCCCACUUCAGCUUGAAUGCUUGCAUAAAGAGAAGUCAUGGUUAUUGUUCCAAAGACAUGCUUUCUAUGGUUGGGAGCUUGAUCAACAACUGGAUUUUGAACAACUUGGGAGGAGAAUUGCUAAGAAAUGUGGUGGAUUACCAUUGUCUUUAAAAGUUAUUGGGGGAUUUCUACGAAAUGAAUUUAAGGAGCAAACAUGGAAGGAUGUGUUAAACAAUAAUUUAUGGGAUCCCAAAGAAAUUAUUUUGUCUGCACUAAGAAUAAGCUACAAUCACUUGCCAUCAUAUCUUAAACCAUGCUUUCUCUAUGCAUCUCUAUUCCCAAAGGAUCAUUACUUUAAGAAACUAGAAUUGAUAAGAAUGUGGAUUGGUCAAGGUUACAUUCAGCUUACAUAA